ACACCACCAAGCUUCCCUUCCCUUGGAGCACAUGCAGUCCCGUGAUUACGAAAUGGAUAGACAGCCCACUUACAAUGAUCCCGAUAUAUAAGAGGUUAAUUGCAUCUCGUCUUCAAAUUCUCAUUUUUAGUGGUGAUGUGGACGCAGUUGUGCCUGUUACAGCUACUAGAUAUUCUCUAGAUGCUAUGAACUUGAGAGUUUUGAAGACCUGGCAUCCAUGGCACUAUGGCUCCAAGUCCACACAAGUGACCGCCGGAUACAAAGUGGUUUAUGAAGGUCUAACUUUUGCCACGGUGAAAGGGUCUGGCCACGAAGUUCCGAAGAAUAAACCGCAGAGUGCGUUUGCUCUGCUCAACACCUUCAUCGCCAAUCACAAACAUUAGAUUCAAUUCCCCAUCGUUUGCUUACUGGAUCCAUGUCUUAAUAUAUUGUUUUCAUCACCUAAUUUAUGACGGAUUUUACAAUAAUUUUGUUUCCACUCGCAUUAUAUUUGCAUUUCCUUUUCAUGUUGAAUAUUUGUUUAUCUCCUUUGGCAUGGAUAUAGGAGAAAACACUUUUGGCUCUUUGC